AUGUCAGCAUCAGCUAUUCCUCUUCCCGGAGCUGUCAAGGUUAUCUUGCCGCUCCAUCCUUUCUCCCUAUCUGGUCCUGAUAUUCCACCUUCUCCUUCUUCUGAUGAAGCAUUCAAUCACCCGUUCUUUCAGCCUGCCAAGGCUCCUGAGCCUAGCUCUGGCACCGGCUCUACGUCCGCCCACCUCGACCUCGGCACCAGGCCCGCCAAAUCCGAGAUCUUCACCAAGUACCGUGUUCAGCUUAUCUCCCUCCACUAUCACUACCGCAACGCAUUGAUCGAGCACGAAGUUACUACUCGUCGUGUUGCCGAUGAUCUUGCAGCUCAUCCUGUGGAACGGUUUGCAGCUUUGUCGGAGCUAAAGAGGAAGGAGCAGAAGUGUCUCCUGAUUAUGAAGAGAUUUGAGAAAGACAUUAAGGGGCUUACCGAAGCCAUCGAGGAAGAGAGGGCGAAGGAGGAGAAGGAAAAGGAGGAGAACGAAAAGGCGGAUGCUGCCGUCAAGGCCAAGAACGAUCUCGAAGCCGAAUUGAAGCUUAAGCUGCAGGCGAUGGCUCUCGUGGAGGAUGAUAAGGAUGAAGAGGAGGGUGGAGUUCCUCUUAAAGUUGGACAUGAAUACUAG